CUUUCCUCCACAUCUCUCCACUGAACUAUGCUUGCAUUCAACACCAGACAACUUUUACGGCACACAGGCGGUAGGGGAGCGCGGCAGCUGUGGCUGUCAGCAGUGUCAACUGAUCCGUCAGCAGCAGCAGCAAUCAGCGAAAUCAGCCAGCAUAUCCGAGCCAAGAUUGGCACCCGCACUAGCUCGCAACCAGACUCUUGCUUUGUCCUAGUAUCGCAGACAUACCCUGCCCCCAGCAUCGACAGGCUUUCGGCAGCGCUGGCCCGCCAGCUUACUUCAGGUACUGGUCAUCAAGUCAACGUUGCAGGUACUGUAGUGGACAGGGUGAUGGCUGGGGACGCCGGCAAGGUAACAGCAGUUCCAGGAAUAGCAAUCCUUUACCACACGCAGUCUGCGGACACACACGCCAAGUCGAAGCUGACUGGGAGGCCAUUCUAUAUUGGCGACAUGCAUGGGCGGCAGAGACUGCGCGAAGUAGCAGUGGGACGGUGGCACAACGAAAUGACGGACCGGCGAAAGCACGCGGCAUCAGUAGAGGCAAGGUGGUCGCGAGGCGAGUCGAGUGUGACACAGGCUGGAUCCCACUUGGUGCUGCCCAAGGAGCUUGCCGAUAUCGAAGAUGCAAAGAGCGUCCGGAUGAUUCUCUUGGCGUCCGACAAGGAGUCGCGGCAGGUACUUGAUGCCCUGGACGCGCGGUUCCCUACAGCAACAAAAAUCGGCGUGGUUGGUACUCAGACGCCGUUUGUCAAUGGUCGGGAGUUCACGCUGUUUGGAAUGUCCCAGGUGCAUGAUAGUGGUGUUGUUGGUUUGGCGUUCGUUGAUACCGACAACAAUAGCUCGGGGGACGACUUUGCAGCAGCCGAAGUUGCAUGCCAUGGAUUGGUGGCAGUCACUGAGCCGCAGCGGAUUGUAAGGUGCAAGGGAAACGUUGUCUUGGAAUUGGAGGACGGUGAGGCAGCCAGGACGCUGAUUGCUGCUGUUCGGCGGCGCAGGCUGGAGACCAGCGGCCAGGGCUUGGACCACCGGCUGUUUGCCAAAAUCAUUGAUGGCAGCAGCUCACUGGUGCUCCAGGUGACUGGUGGCGACCCGGCCAAGGGAGGACUGGCCAUAGACACGCUGAAGGACAUUUCCGCUGGCCAGUCAAUACAGUUUCUAAUGCGGGCUGACUACCAGGCCGAGCCACUGUCCUCCCUGGAGGUUCCUGGCGGUGGUUCUGACAAGCUGGCGGUUGUGCUUGCAGCAGACGACAUUGCAGUCGCAAACCAGGCUACUGGCGAUGCGGGUAGCACGGGCGUAGCAUCAAGCGUGUUUGGCGGUGUCACAGAGGGUGGGUUUAUCUUUGGCAAGCACUCCCACACGCCGGCAAAGCCGCACUCGAUCUUUGCCGGAUCUAGCGAGUCGGCGGUUCCUGGAAGCACGUUGACAUUGCAUAUUGAUGGCACCAUGGGCUAAAGCACCAACUGCUUGCAUACAUAAAAUUUUUGUAGUACGGUACACUCUAAUCCAAAUAGAAUUUGAUAAGCU